AUGCCUUCUUUCGCGCUGGGCGAGUCAAUCCCGCCAGACACUGCUCAUGCUGUGAGCGUCUCCUUACCCACAUGGCAGUCAAACGUCGGCUACGAGGAGGGUGAGGACUGGGUUGUCGGCCGCAUGACGACGGGCUACCCUCGCUUCUUCAUUCACAAGAGCAUACAGGCCCUUGCCGAGGACAUUGCUGCCGCCUAUGGCCGGCCUGACCAGCGCGCCAUGCUGUUCCCCACGGCCCGAACUGCCACUCGCUGCCUCGACUUCAUCAAAGACCGUGUCGAAGCCGGCCUGGUACCUGCGCUCGACGUGGUCCACCUGGCCCUCGAUGCCUCCAAGGAUGUCUCGCCUUUGCUGAAGAGACUCUGCCCCACCAUUUCCGCGGUCCUGUAUCCCCAGGAGGCCUUUCCUUUUGCCAAACAAUACUGGCAGCACACUGGCGACGGUGCCUCGAGCCGCAGAGCCGAGUUCUGCCACGGUCUCUUUAGAGAUCAUCUGCUCGUUGCUACAACGAGUCCCAGGGGCGCGCGAGAACCUCAAGCCCGCCCGUUCCGCGGCCCGCGACGCUACCAGCGACAGGCAUCCAUUGAUGCCGUCACGAGCCCGGCAUUGGCCAAGCCGCCGGCGCCCGCUACCGCCCGCGAGCCGCAGGAGAGCACUCAGUUCCUGGAGGAGCGUUUCGGGAGGAAUCUCGACUUGGGCCUCGUUGAACGAGCCAAGUCGGCUAUCCGGCGCCGCAUCGCAGGUUCACUCUGCCACGAGGUCGACCUUCACAGCGGCUCUCUCCCCACCCCAUCGCCCAACACACGAGGUCUGCAGAGUCUCGCCGAGCACGACGUAUACCUUUUCCCCGCCGGCAUGAAUGCCAUCUUCAACGCUCAUCAGGCCUUGCUAUGUGCCCGUGGCCAGCUCAAGAGCAUCAAUUUCGGGUUUCCUUACGUCGAUACACUCAAAAUCCUUCAAAAAUUUGGGCCCGGGUGCGUCUUCUACGGCAACGCGUCAUCACAGGACCUGGACGAGCUGGAAACUCUCCUUCGGUCCGGCCAUCGCUUCCUCGGGCUCUUCUGCGAGUUUCCGGGCAACCCGCUGCUCACUUGCCCUGAUUUGGACCGCAUCCGGAGACUGGCCGAUGAGUUUGACUUCGCCGUCGUUGUCGAUGAGACGAUCGGAACAUUUGCCAACAUCGACGUCCUUUCGGUUGCAGACAUUGUGGUCAGCAGCUUGACCAAGAUCUUCUCCGGCGACUCCAACGUCAUGGGCGGCAGUGCAAUCCUGAAUCCCGAGAGCAAGUACUACGACGUGCUGAAGCAGGCUUUGGACCGAGACAUUUUCGAGGACACGUACUGGCCCGAGGAUGUCAUAUUCAUGGAGAGAAACAGCCGCGACUUUGCGAGGCGAGUUGACCGAAUCAACGCCAAUGCAGAGGCCAUCUGCGACACCCUUCGCAACAGCGCUCUCGUGAAAAGCCUCUACUAUCCCAAGUGGAACCCUUCGAGAGGUAACUACGACGCCAGGCGCCUGCCCAGCGGCGGUUACGGUGGUUUGCUGUCCGUUGUCUUCACAAGCAAAGAGAAGGCGCAGGUCUUUUACGAUGCGAUGGAAAUCGCAAAGGGCCCAAGUCUUGGGACCAACUUCACACUCUGCUCGCCGUACGUAUUGCUCGCGCACUAUCAGGAGCUGUCAUGGGCUGCACAAUACGGGGUGGAUCCCGAUCUCAUCCGCGUGAGUGUCGGGUUGGAAGAGACUGAUCAUCUACAAGCUACCUUUGAAAAGGCCCUUUCCGCGGCCGAGGCGGCAUAG